UUCGAAGCACGUUAAUAUUUGAAGCAGAUGACGCCAGUUUGAGUGCGUUCUCUGGCUUACACAACAUAGAAACGCUGUAUGCUGACAAAUAUCUUCUGUGCUGCCUGGCUGGAUUAGGGGAUUCCCCCAACUGCAAUGCACCACGUGACCAGUUUUCAUCUUGCGAAGAUCUCAUGGCGAACAACAUCCUUCGAAUCUUCAUCUGGAUUCUCGGAACCAGUGCUUUCAUUGGCAACAUCCUCGUCAUUGGCUACAGACUGGUCGAUUCCGGAUGGGGGCGAUAUACGACAGUUCAAUCCAGUCUGAUCACGAACCUAGCCGUCUCGGACUUCUUGAUGGGUCUGUACAUGAUUACCAUAGCGUCAGCCGAUGUCUACUACCAUGGCGAGUAUGCUGCCCAUGCUGAUGACUGGCAGAGUAGUGUCCUCUGCAAGCUUGCUGGAAUCACUUCCGUUGUUUCCAGCGAGGCUUCGGUGUUUCUGAUCAUGGUCAUCAGCGUGGAUAGGUGUUUUCACGUGGUGCUGCCUUUCAAACCCGAAUUCCACCUUUCGGUCCGCGGUACCCGGGUUGUCGGACUGGUUAUCUGGGUAACUGCAGCCUUUCUCGGUAUCCUCCCAACUCUUAUCCCGUCUUUCGUCGAGGGUCAGUUCUAUGGUCAAUCCGGCGUCUGUCUGGCUUUGCCGUUGACUGUGGAUCGUCCUGCAGGAUGGCAUUACUCCAUCUCCUUGUUCAUCGGUCUCAACUUUGCCGCGUUCCUGGUGACUCUCAUAAGUUACAUAGCCAUCUAUUGCACAUUCCAGCUGUCGAAGCAGCGUAUAGCCGGGAUGAAGAACACGUCAAAGGAGGAUGUGCGAUUGGCUGAAAACCUAAAGUUGGCAUCUAAGAUGGCGCUGGUUGUUGGUACAGAUCUGGUCUGUUGGUUACCGAUCAUCAUCAUGGGCUUGAUGUCUGCGAGUGGAACUUUGACCAUUUCUGCUCAGGUAUAUGCAUGGACAGCAGUGUUCGUGCUCCCAGUCAAUUCAUCCCUCAAUCCAUACCUCUACACCCUCGCAUCAAUACGCCAAAGAAGACGUAAGUCCGCGGCUAGUCGAAGUAUGAAAUAUGAAGACAAGACCAUGGAAGGUAGUAUCUUUGACGACACCACAAUCAUAUCUGCAUUCACGUCCUUGCCCGACCCUUCACCAGAACGACUUGGGGAAUGGAUGAAACUUAACAGACGCCCUCUCGGACGCUUAGAAGCCAAUGCGAUUCAACGUGACGUCACAAAAGCAGUGGAAAGAUUGAAGGAAUCGGGGCUGUGGAAUGACGUCACACUCAACAUGAACCGAAUUGCAGUCCAAACAGAUAGUGGUGGAAGAAUCGUACACGCCUUUAUUGUGCUCGACUCACCUUUGACCUUUCUUGAAUCACGUGAUGAUGAUCAGGUGACCAACUUGAGCAAUGACGAAAACACCGACAUCGUCCUCAAUAUGAUUGCGCGGGUAAAUACAUCAAAGUGAAAUUGAAUACGAUUAUGUAUAUGAAAAAAAAUAUCGUAAUUUUGAAGAGAUUCUUUCCUAUAUUCAGUCGCUGCAACUUGGUGAAGAUUCAAAUUUCAUUUGUAACAUGUGUGUAAGAUUUUAUUUCACUUUGCCUCAAACAAAUCAAUGUAGAAAUUAGAAAAAAAUACUUGUAACUAAGUGAAUAUGUAAUCAACUGAAAAUAAAAGAAAGAAACAACAAAUUUCUAAGUAGAUGUGCUGCAAAUUUAUUCCAUUGUGUUAAAAAUUCAAUUUAAAUAAAUAUUUAGGAAGACAUGAUUUAUUUAUUUUAAUCUAGUCAUCUAUUUUGCACUGUACUACAUUUAUUUCUAUGGAAUCGAUAGUGCAUCAGGGUCACCUUAACAUUUCAUGACAAUGUAUUGAAACAUAAAAUUGAAAAAAAGGCAUUCUGGAACGAUAGUUUGGUUUAUUUUCAGUAUGAUCCAUUAAGCAUAUACUUAUUAUGACCAAGGGUUUUUACAUAAAACCCGAGAGAAUAUUUAACAAAGGAAAUAAUUAUUUAAGAAAAUAAUGGGUUUUGAAUGAGUAUUUUGAUAGCUCCCCGUUGUCAGCUAGUCCAGUCUGAUCUCUCUGAUCAUGUGAAUCACGGUGAUUUCGCAAUUGCAAGCGGGUGGAUUCAAGAACACAGUGAAUAUAUUAAAAAUGCCCUUCAAAUGACAAAGAACAGCUGUGAGGUCUUUGUCGAAAAUCGGUGAACCGGAACAGCAGUUUCGUUUCUGAGCUGACGAAAUAUUGCAACUAUGCCGUUUGUCCAGAAUCAAGGAAUGAACUUCUGUGUGGAUUCAUCAAUUUUCGACAAAGACUUCUUGGUUGUUCAUUCUCAUGAAGGGCGUUCGACAAUAGAUUUUCUAUGUUGUUGAAUCCAACGUGCAUCGUGGAAGCGUAAACACCUUAGGAUAUGAAAGAGCGACGAACAGUUAUUUCAAGAAAGAUGUUAAAUGAUUGGUAAUGCUAACAAUUUGGCAUUUUAGUGAACAGACCCAAUUGUGAAAAUUCUAAUUUUGUUUUUUUGCCGCACAACAUGUAGAGAUAAAUCAAUCAAAAAGAUAUUAAUGGUAGUCAAAAUUGUAUGAUGUGGUUUAUUUUCACAGUAAAUAUGAAUCGUGAUGUAGAUAAAAAUCACUUUAGAUUAAGUAUAGACUCGAUAUUACACCUUGCACAAAAGAUCUUAAAGCGUAAUAUUGAACUAAUCUAAGUUUACUAUAAUCAUGUAAAUGAAUAUUUGAGAUUCUUGUACAUUCUUUGGGUCAUCGAUUAAUCUUUGAUUUAAUUUAAUUUUUCAUUAUGGCAAAGGGUUACUGGUAAACCCAACUAUAAUAUUAAGCCAAAAAAAAUAAUGACAUAUAAAAUGGCCAAAGUACGCUUCGAAUCAAACCACAGAAUAAAGUGAAGAUAGAGGAUAUUAGAAUUUCAGGAUAUGUUUCCUUUAUACCAUAGACUGUAAAACAAAAAGACAGACUUACUUAAUUCGCCUAAAGAACAUUGAGAUUGGAUAGAAAGUCAUCAACUAUAGGUUUUGAGAGGAUUAUUGUAUAAUUAUUGUUAUUUAACAAAAAAGAGAGACAUUUUAAUUAUUUCUGCUCUAAAUAAGAGAAUGUGAACUAAUUAUCAAACUUUAGGGCCGCUACUGCACUGUGCAAUAAGUCGGUAUUAAAUACCAAUAAAAUGUAAGCAAAUACUUUGCAUUCAU